CGGCUUGCAACUAUGGCGCAUGAAGGCACGAAAGGCGCCAGGGACCGAGGGCAGACCCGCACCAAGGCGGAGAAAGUUCGCCCCCCUACGGUGCCAGUGCCCCAGGUAGAAAUUAUACCUGGCCGCCUGAAUGAAGCUGAAUGGAUUGCGCUUGUGAGCAUUGAAGAGGGUGAAGAUGUGGUAGGGGAUAUCUUGGCUGAACUGCUGGCCCGUGUGAUGGAUGCUGCCUUCAAGAUCUAUCUGACCCAGCAGGUGGGCAUCUAUCUACUUUCCCCUCCCCCCUACCCAAGAAAAUGA